AUGGCGUACCGUUUUUCUCACACAGCUAGUGUGACUGGGAAAACUCAAAUCCAUCAGCACUGGCACCCCUCAGGGUUGUGUCCUCUCCCCACUGCUCUUCUCCCUGUACACAAACGACUGCACCAUGACCCCUCUGUCAAGCUCCUGAAGUUUGCAGAUAACACCACGCUGAUCGGCCUCAUCCAGGACGGUGACGAGUCUGCCUACAAACUGGAGGUUGAACGGCUGGCUGUCUGCAACAUUACUGAGAGUGCAGCUGACUACAGGAGCUUUAUAGACAACAGUGAGGAUUCAGCAUCAGCAGCACCAGCAGCAUCAACGCGGAUAUUUAAGGUGACCGCAUCGCCAAGAUCUGCAGAUCUUUACACUGCUUACAGUGCUCGGUUUCAGUUUUCAGCAAUCCAGUCUGAUCGUCCGACCAUGAUUCUGCAUCCUCCUGCACGAACCGUAUGCGCCCUGGUUGUGUUUUUGUCAUGUAUGAUUGGACUGACUGCUGCAUCAACGGGCUACCAGAAACCAAGCUUCCUAGAUUUUGAUUCCUGGUGGUAUCACACACCCCGUGGCCCUCAGAUAUUCUCCUGCAUCACCUACUUGGAGAGGAAUGUACGUGUGGAUUGUGAGUUUCCAAAAAGCGACAAAAUUCCUGGGCCGUUCUGCGAGUUCAAACAGGAUGGACGCCUGAUGGGAACCACGAAUCCCAACAACCCAGUGCACCUCAUCCCGCCUAUAGAGACCAGACGUCGUUCCAACGUUUCACUGGUGCCUAACAACAUAUGCCGCCUCACCUGGAUGCCAAUGUCAGAUGAACGAGCAUACACAUAUACCUGCAGGGUAUAUCAGGGAAGCACCUGGAAAGAGACUAGCAUGGCCUUUUCUCAAAGAAAUCUUCUAAUCUGCUCUGCUAUGAACACAGAAGCUCAGGCUACAUUCUGGAUUAUUUCCAUUGCCAUCUCAAUUCCUGUCUCUCUGGGGCUUCUGCCAGCAUGAUCCGCAGUGAUCAACAUACAAAUACUCAACAUCAUGGCGUCCAUGUGGUUCUUAUGAUUAUCAGAUUUAAAUGAUUAAAUUUUUUUUAACUCCACAUAAUAUGUAUUGGGCUUCAUUUAUCAAUAGUUUAUCACAAAUUGUUUAUAAAUAAUUUUGAAGGCCUGAAGUAAAACUUGGUAAAAGUACACACCUGAAGUCAAAAGGGGUGUAAGAAACAGGUCAGGCACGGCACAUAAAUUAAGACUAAUAAUAAUAAAUGGAUUAAAAGGUUUAAUGGGAGAGAGGAAAGCUAUUGUAUAAAUGAAACAGCCCUGAAAUUCUCCACUAAAGGAUAAUAAAUGUGUGCUACCAGUAAACCACUGAUAAAGGGUUUAAAAACACACUGAAAUUCAGUAAAGCAGCUCAGCUAAUGCAGCGAGUCGGUGACCACAGACACACUAACCUUUCCACCUGUUAUAGAUUCCCUUUCUUUUAUCAUAAUUGAAUAGUUAUACAAUAGUUAACUAUCCUCAUUUAUACAAUUUCAGUUUUUAUUCAGGAUCAUGAUGGAUGGAUCCCUGUCAUGGAAACACUGAGUAUGAGGUGGGAACAAACGCACUUCUCAGAUAGCUAGCCUUAUUAGUCAAAAUGUAGAAACUUAUUUUGAAUAAGUUUUUUUCUGGUCAUUGUAAUAUAACAUGUUUCACAAAAUGUUUAUAUUUUCAACCUGACAAUGUAAUCUGGAUAUAAGAUCGCAGUAACUCAUCACCGAUUACACAAUUUGAAGCUGACCAGUCAAGGCUCAUAUUAGUGAGUAUACCUUACAUUUUAGAAACAUUUGGGAGCUUUUAAACAGUUCCUGUUUUUUGGGUGAAUUUGAUAAAUGAUGCCCAGUAUAUAGACAUUAAAUAUGUUUUGCUUUUCCUUGUCAGUUAACUCUACAACAAGAAUUUGUUUCACUUUAUAUCUUACAUUGUAAAUCCAAAGAACUACCAUACAGUAUAGUACUUUUUCUGCACUUACAAUACAAUACAGUCCUCUCAUGAUUUUAUUUUUCAGAUAAUUACAUGGAGCUAUACUUUUACUUUUUGAUAUAUAAUAUUAAAUAAGAAACAGCAGAGUGAGGUCAUAUUAAAGGCUAAUCUUAGCUAAUGUUGGUACUGAUGCUUGGCAUUCAUUUACAGCCAAAUGUAUUGUAAUGUGUCUUGAUGCUAUUCAUGUUAAAGCAAGCUAAAUUGUCUUCCAGUUUUUGCCACAGUCCUUAAUGUAGAGGAUAUAACACUCUAUAGGACAGCACUCCCACCACGUAGCAAAAAUACUAUUAUUUAUCACUACUGUCUUAUAUAUACAUAUACGUAUACGUAUAUAUAUAUAUAUAUAUAUAUAUAUAUAUAU